AUGGCACGAUCUCAUCUGCCGUCCAGCACCUGGCGUCCCUCUGUAGCGAAGGACCAUGCCUCUGCCCGUGGUUACAACUUUCCACGCGUUAUUGUCACCUUCUGCGCAGUCACACUGCUCGUGCUCUGCUGCAUGGUUCCCGUGGGUGCUGUCCCGCCUCCGGUGGUCGAGUGUGAAAAUGGAGGCUCUGAGACGUGCACUGUCAACAACGCCUAUGGAGCCAAUUUCGAUGGGGUCACUUGCAAGGCAUCACGAGUGUUCUACCCAGCGUCUGAGGACGAGUUCAUUGCUGCUGUUGCAUACGCCAGCCAGAACAACCUUCCGGUGAAGGUGGUGAGUCAGUUCAUCCACACCACAGCCAAGUGGUACUGCCCAGGGGGGCAAGCAGGCGUCGUUAUAGUCACAACCUUCUACAACAGCAUUCAGCUCGACACACAGGCCAUGACCGUCACUGUAGACGCGGGUGUCAUGAUUUACGAUUUCUUCAGCUACCUCGCUCGCCACAACCUCACUUUCCCCACUGCGCCCUACUGGGACGGAGUGACUGUGGUUGGGGCUAUUGGCACCGGCUCACACGGCAGCACACUGCAGUUCAAGGGUGGGCGCAUGGGAGAAUACGUGAGGGGGGUGCGGGUGGUGGUGGCAGCAGAUGAGGCGAGUGGGUGGGUGGGGGUGAGGGAGGUGAGCAGAGGAGACGAGCUGCUGGCUGCUCGCCUGCACCUGGGGCUGCUCGGAGCCAUUUCCAAGAUGACCCUCGAGGUCUACCCCAUGUGGAAACGCGAAGUCACCUAUUACAACACCAGCGAUGCAAAUCUGGAGAACGAGAUUCUCUCAUUCGCGCGCAAUACAACCUUCCCGGAUCUCAACUGGUAUCCCGCCGCACAGAGUGUGUUCUGGCGGAGGGACAACAUGGUGCCUGUCUCCCGCCCCGGCACCGGCUCCUACGCCCUGCCCAUCUUCCGAGGCCAGUUCGACUACAUCUGGACCGCCCUCGCUGCCCUCGACCAUCGCACACAGACCUCAACCAACGAGCAGGACAUUUGCAACCUGUGGCAGACCGUGCAGGUGCCCGUUCUCCUGAAUUUGGGGGGAGGUUUCACCAACGAUGGCACCCUCUUUAGAGGCUUCCCCGUUGUGGGCUACCACAACCGCUUCCAGACGUCAUCUGGCUGUGAGGACGCGGGGCGCACUCCCCUGGGCCGCCAGGUGUGCCCGUGGGACCCGCGGAUCAACGGCAUUCGAUUCUACGAGACCACAUUCCUCAUCCCGCUCACCAAGCUCAAAGAGUUCAUCCUUACCAUCAAGGAGCUUGCAGUAGCCCGUCGUCUCGGCUUCUGCGGGCUGGCAAACUACGGAGGGAUCUUCUUCCGCUUCAUUAAGGGAUCCGACACUCUACUGUCGACAACAGAGGACUCUGUGAUGGUCGAUAUCCAGUACUACCGCAGCGAUGACCCGUCCCUGCCACGCACCAGCCAGGAUGUGACGGAUGAGUAUGAGCAGAUCAUAGGGAAGAUGUUCAAUGGCAAGCCGCACUGGGGAAAGAACAAGGAUGUUUCCUUCAUUGACGUCCCCAGCAAGUACCCCAACCUCCCUCGCUUCCUCAAAGUCAGGGAGAAUUUUGAUCCAAGAGGGCUCUUCUUGAACGAGUGGGCAAAGCGAGUGCUUGGUCUGUCACAGCAGCCAGUGCAGGUGUAUGGCGAUCAGUGCGCCAUGCGAGGCCUCUGCCACUGCGCCGCUGACGUGCACUGCAACCCCGCCCUCGGAUCUUACUGUAGGCGUGGGUUGAUUUACACGGAUGCUACAGUGUGCAAGACACAGUGA